AUGUUUUCAUGUUCUCCUCUCUCUCUCGCUCUCUCUCUCUCUUUAUGUUCUUCUUUUUUAAAAAUUUAUUACACUAUCACACUCUUCUUCGCUUCUUGCUCUCCUUCUCGCUUUGUUUCCUACCUCAUUCUCCCCCUUAUACUGUCUCUCCAUCCUUUGCUUUCCCUCUCACUCCAUCUCUCCAUCCUUUGCUUUCCCUCUCACUCUGUCUCUCCAUCUUUGCUUUCCCCUUCACUCACUGUCUCCCUCCCUUUACUCUACUCAGCAUUUCACUCUCCUUCACAUGCUGUUUCUCUUCCUUUCACUUUUUUCCUCUUGUCUCCCCUCCACAUUGCUCUCCUUCUCUUGCAUCCUCCUCACUCUCCUCUCCUUCUCUUGCUCUCCUUCUCUCUCUCCUCCUCACCAUUUUCCUUCUCUUGCUCUCCUUCUCUUGCUCUCCUUCUCACACAUUGCUCUCCUUCUCUUGCUCUCCUCCUCACACAUUGCUCUCCUUCUCUUGCUCUCCUCCUCACACAUUGCUCUCCUUCUCUUGCUCUCCUUCUCUUGCUCUCCUUCUCUUGCUCUCCUUCUCUUGCUCUCCUCCUCCUCACACAUUGCUCUCCUCUUGCUCUCCUCCUCCUCUUGCUCUCCUCCUCCUCUUGCUCUCCUCCUCACACAUUGCUCUCCUUGUUCUUCUCACUUGAACUCUUUUUUUUUUUCUCUUGUCAUUGUUCUUCUCACUCUGAUUUUCUCUUUAAGCUUUUGGGGACACUCUUUUACUAUUUUUUUUCUUUUCCAAUCUUUCUUUCUUGGUUUCUCCUCUUCUCCUUUCUCUCUCUUGCCUUCUCCUUUCUCUCUCUUGCCUUCUCCUUUCUCUCUCUUGCCUUCUCCUUUCUCUCUCUUGAUUUCCUUUUCUCAUUUCUGGCGAUACUUUCUCUCUCUCUUUCUCUCCUUCUCUCAUUUCAAUCUCUAUCAGCAUUUACUAUUCUCAACUUUAUUUAUCUGUUUCUGACUUUUUCUGACCUUUCUGUUGGUUUGCCUCUCUUUCCUCCGUUCUCGUCGCUUGCUCUCCCUCUCUCUCUCUUUCCUCCGUUCUCGUCGCUUGCAUUCCCUCUCUCUCUCUUUCCUCCGUUCUCGUCGCUUGCAUUCCCUCUCUCUCUCUUUCCUCCGUUCUCGUCCUUGCUCUCCCUCUCUCUCUCUCUUUCCUCUGUUUUCGUCCUUGCUCUCCCUCUCUCUCUCUUUCCUCCGUUCUCGUCCUUGCUCUCCCUCUCUCUCUCUCUUUCCUCCAUUCUCGUCCUUGCUCUCCCUCUCUCUCUCUCUUUCCUCCAUUCUCGUCUCUUCUCUCUCCCUCUCUCUCUCUCUCUUCCUCCGUUCUUGUCGCUUGCUCUCCCUCUCUCUCUCUUUUCCUCCGUUCUCGUCCUUGCUCUCCCUCUCUCUCUCUCUUUCCUCCAUUCUCGUCCUCCAUUCUUGCUCUCCCCUCUCUCUCUCUCUUUCCUCCGUUCUCAUCCUUGCUCUCCCUCUCUCUCUCUUUCCUCCGUUCUCGUCCUCUCUCUCUCCCUCUCUCUCUCUUUCCUCCGUUCUCGUCGCUUGCUCUCCCUCUCUCUCUCUCUUUCCUCCGUUCUCGUCCUUUUCCUCCAUUCUCUCCCCUCUCUCUCUCUUUCCUCCGUUCUCGUCGCUUGCUCUCCCUCUCUCUCUCUUUCCUCCGUUCUCGUCGCUUGCUCUCCCUCUCUCUCUCUUUCCUCCGUUUUCGUCGCUUGCUCUCCCUCUCUCUCUCUUUCCUCCGUUUUCGUCGCUUGCUCUCCCUCUCUCUCUCUUUCCUCCGUUUUCGUCCUUGCUCUCCUCUCUCUCUCUCCGUUUCCUCCGUUCUCUCUUUCCAUUUUCGUCUCUCCCCUGUCUCUUUCCUCCGUUCUCGCUGCUCGCUCUCCCCCUGUCUCUUUCCUCCGUUCUUGUCGCACACUUUCCCUGUGUCUUUCCUUUCAAUAUUUCCUCCUCUCUCAUGAACCUGUUCUUUCUUUUUGUUCAUUAUUUCUUCAUCUCCAUUUUGAAGUGUUCCCUGAGAAACCAAUUCUUAUUUUUAUUUCUUCAUUUCACUACUUUUAUCCUUCUUUCUUUUUUGUUUUCUAUUCUUUUACUCUACUUCCUUCCUUUUCAUCACUUCCCACUCUUUUUGUCUUCUUUUCCUUUGCCUCUUUUUACUUCUUCUUUUCCUUUGCUUCUUUUUUCUUCUUCUUUUCCUUUGCUUCUUUUUUCUUCUUCUUUUCCUUUUUCUCUUUUUUCUUCUUGUUUUUCCAUUUCUUCUUUUUUCUUCUUGUUUUUCCUUUUCUUCUUUUUUCUUCUUGUUUUUCCUUUUCUUCUUUUUUCUUCUUGUUUUUCCUUUUCUUCUUUUUUCUUUUGCCUCUUUUUUUCUAUCCUAUCUUCAUUUGUCUCUCCUCUUUUCCCAUUUUUUGCAUCUUUCUCCCUUUUCCUUUUUAUUCUCUUCCCCCUCUUCUCACCUUAAUCUUUAAAGUUGCCAUUUCAUCAUUUAACACCAAGCUUCGGACUGAUGACCGACGAAUCCACCACCGUCCAGGGCCUCUUGAUCUCCCAGUUGAACGCACACUUCCUGACCCGCUUGGGGAUCGACGCUACCCUAGUCAUUUGGCAGAACUCGAACAUCUUCGUCUUUCUACCAUCCAACAGUCAGAUGUUACACGGGCAUCCACUGAUGCCAAUGGCUUCAGGCACCCAUCAGUUGUAGAUAGACUUCUUGGCAGUGUCUCAGCUGCAAGGGGCAACUCUGCUGUUCUGCUAAUUGACAGAAAGAAUGCCAAACGCAACAGUUUGCAACUUAGUUCCCUGGAGGACCGGAUGGAACGCUCACAACAUUUGUCCCCAGCUGGUGACUUGCUCAAAGAAAGCCUUAGCAAGCAUCUUGAAAGCAAUCGACACACAUGGACGAGUUAUGAUGGAGUACCAUUCACUAAAGAAACAAUUUUGUCUACACCAACAGCUCAUGUGACGCCGUUUGCACAAUCGAAUUCUGGAUCCUUGCCUUUGACAAGUCACCAACUUGCAACUGUGGACCAGAAUGUGAGCCAUAACCGCCUAAAGCCACUGCCUGCUGACAUCCCACCUGUAACUCAACACAGUGUGACCAGUACGGAAAGAUGUAGCCUUCCUGUAAUCCCAGAAACUCAAAGACUUGACUACACUUCUCUUGACUCCCGGUACCCUGUAGAUCAACGUUUACCUCUUGAUUCUCGGUUACCUGUUAUGUUACCGUCAUAUCAAGGAAUCCCUGAUGUUCGCAUCCCAAACCCCAGACUUGCUGACCCUCGAUAUUCAGUGGCUAGUCACUUGUUUCCAUCUACUCACAGCAUGGCUUACCCAUCAAGUAACUCAAAUCUGGCAAUUCUGGAAGAAAGUCGUGCCAUUUCUACCUUAGCACUGCCAUCGACUCACAGUAACUACCCAAUCAUUUCUCAUCGCGAAAUCUUCAAUACAAUCAACCCUACAAAUACCAUUUCCGCCUCGCCAUACAUCAGUGGGUCUCCAUCUGCCGUCCUGCCCACAACAUUCCUCUAUCCACAUCUUUACAGCUCAAGUCCACAGUAUCAGAGUAGCUUUUAUAUGCCGACGAGUGAUGUCAGAAAUUAUGAGAUUCUUGGCCAAAGGUCGGACAUUCCAGGCCGAAGCGAUCGGCCCUCACUGACUGCCUCUCCAGGACAUUUACAAAUUGAUGUUGGCACGUUGCAAAAUAAAAUCAACAAGGACGAUGAGAAUAAUGUUGAGAUGCGACUUGCAUCUACAGAACAAACCACGGACGUACAUAUGCGUGAUGACCUGCGGACAAAUGUGACCGACCAUGUCAGUACGACAUCAGCAAGGUCGUCACACACUACAGACUCUGCUGAUACAGGAGGUUCAGUUUGGAGACCUUAUUAA